UUCGUGGAAAACCGGAUCAACUAUUGUCUUCAUACACAGUUCUAUCAAAUGGUUACCACUGUCGUUGUGGCGCCCCCUGCGCAGUCGAAACCCGCGGCGAAGUACUCGUGCCCCGUGUGUCAAAAGAAUACCUUCAAGAGAAUACAAGAUCUGCGACAACAUCAACAGGACGUGGGGCAUGGAAUUCUAUGCAAGGGCUGCCAGAGGAGUUUCGGUAGCAAGGAGAGCAUGCAGCAGCAUUAUGCGGAUGUUCAUCAAGCGCCUCGCCAACGUUUACCUUGCGCAACGUGCGACGAGAUGUUCGCCAGUACGCAAGCAUUGACAGAGCAUCAAGCUGCACACAUCAAGCAACAGAAACCAUGGGGCUGCUCAACGUGCAACCGGCAGUUUGCGAGUCAGAACGCGUUGAUAAAUCACCAGGCCAGUCAUCGACGGACGGCUUCGCAGGUAACAUGCACCACCUGCACCAAGGGCUUCAAGGACUCGGCUGCGCUGUCACAGCAUAGCGUCAUUCAUGAGAAACCCAAGGCAAACGUCGAGUCGGCAGCUGUAGACACGACGGGCGCUGCAGUCUCAGGGCCGACUGCAAAUGCACCCGAGCCCCUGGCAGCUGCCGUGCCAGAUACACGUCCAGUGCUCCAGGGACUGUCCAACAGUAUACACCCAGAACUAGCCAUCGCCAACGUUCUCACCAACCACCCCUACAACAACAGCCGACUCGCCCUUCUCGGACCGUCCGAGCAAGCAGUACGCUACCCUCAGCUUCAGUCCCACUGCCACUCCACCACCCGUCUUGUAGCGCAAGGCUUCAUCAUGUCCACCACCGCAAACAACCACAAAGACAAGCCAUGGAGGCACUCCAUCCCUCGCUAUCACUUUCGACCCACCCCCGCGCCCGCAUCACCUCUAUCUCACGCCACCAAGCACAAAGCCGUCGUGAUUGACUGCGAAAUGGUCAGCGUCACCCGCGGCCAGCAGCAUCUCGCCUCGCUGGCCGCCGUCGACUUUCUCACCGGGAAGGUUCUGAUCAACCGAUACGUCUACCCGGAGAGCGGGCGCAUCACCAACUACCGAACGCGCUACAGCGGCAUCACCGCCGCGGUCAUGGACGCAGCCAUCCAGAGCGGGACGGCCCUGCGCGGGUGGGUCGCCGCACGGCGAGCGCUGUGGGAGUAUAUCGACGCGGAGACCGUCCUGAUCGGCCACGCCCUGCAGAACGAUCUGAAUGCCCUGGGGAUCAUACACCCGCGGGUGGUGGACUCGCAGAUCCUCACGGGCGAAGCCAUUGCCGCGGCGGGGGCUGCGGCUACGGCCUCAAGCCUUCCUCUCGUGGCCCUCAAGACGUUGACAAAGGAGUUGGCGGGUUAUGACAUUCAGGUGGGACGCAAGGGUCAUGAUGCCUUAGAAGAUACCUACGCCACGCGGGAUGUGGUGGUGUGGUGUUUGCGGUAUCCGCAGGCUCUGGAGGAGUGGGCGCUACGGACGUGGAACCAGCGGCUGCAAAGGAAGCAGGCAGCCGCAGAGACGAGGAAGAGGAUGCAGCAAAAGAAAGCUCAGAGGGUGGUAGCUCAGGCCAGUGGCUUGGCCUUCCGAUCGUCGAUCCAGGUGGACGAGGAGUCCGAUGACGACGAUGAGUCGGAGGUGUUGCGGUGGGAGGAUAUUGCGGUGGAUUGCGGGUGGCCUCAUCCUGAUACGGGGUAUGAUCCGUGGUCAGACUAG